GUAGGCCAGCAUUUGGAAAUACCAUACCAAUCAGUUAACGUACGGUACUGCAUUGGCAGUUCAUUGUUUUGCGUUUUUUCUUGGAUAAAUACCAUGGUUGAAUAUGCACAUAUUAUGGAUCGGGAUUAAUCAAAAAAAAGCCACGAUUUCAUAGUAGCAGAAGAUCGCCAGAGAUCUCUUGUGACGGUUCAUCUCCAAUUCUCUACUUGUGCUUGAAGCUCAAAAUCACUGUGACCAGAGAACAAGUGAACUGAAGUCGUUAAGGAUUCAACUUCAGAUGUUUUCCAUAUUCAUAACGAAACCUCAUAGCUCGCCGGCACGAUGAUGGGGUGGUGCUGCUCUCGACCCCGGGGCAGUCCUGAUGACGUUAACAAUCCAAAAUUUAUUAAUAAACAAAUUAACGAUCGUAUUAAUAAGGAUAAACAAGAAUACAGAAGUACUCAUCGUCUACUUUUGCUUGGUGCUGGCGAGUCGGGGAAGAGUACUAUUGUGAAACAAAUGCGAAUUCUUCAUGUUGAUGGUGGCUUCAACGAAGAAGAAAAGAGGCAAAAGAUGUUGGACAUCAAGAAAAAUAUUCGUGAUGCCAUGGUGGCGGUAACCGGUGCAAUGAAAACUCUAACCCCUCCAGUGGAAUUGAAAAAUAGUGAAAAUGAACCUUAUGUCGAUUACAUUCUCACAACGUCGGUUAAUUUUAAAGAAGAAGAAGACUUUAAUGAUAGUUUCUUUGAUAAAGUCCAGAGUCUAUGGUCAGACGAAGGAGUACAAAAAUGUUUCGAGCGGAGUAACGAAUAUCAGUUAAUUGACUGCGCAAAAUACUUUCUAGAUAAAGUUGAGAUCAUAAGAUCUAAAAGCUAUUCACCUACAAAUCAGGAUCUCCUCAGAUGUCGUGUUUUGACAAGAGGAAUUUUUGAAACCAAGUUUAAUGUCGAAAGAGUUAAAUUCCAUAUGUUUGACGUGGGAGGCCAGAGAGACGAAAGAAGGAAAUGGAUACAAUGCUUCAAUGAGGUUACUGCAAUUAUUUUUGUGGUGGCCAGCAGCAGUUAUGACAUGGUAUUACGGGAAGAUCCAAGCCAAAAUCGCCUCAAGGAGGCACUCGACUUAUUCAAGAACAUAUGGAAUAACAGGUGGUUACGGACGAUAUCCGUUAUCCUAUUCCUUAACAAACAAGAUCUGCUAACAGAAAAGGUUCUUGCCGGCAGGUCUGUCCUAGAACAUUAUUUUCCUGAUUUCGCACCGUAUCGCAUCCCUAAUGACGCGACACCCGAUGGCAACGAGGAUCAGAACGUUACUCGAGCAAAGUAUUUUAUUCGUGAUGAAUUUUUGCGAUUAAGCCAAUCAGGAGAAAGUCGCCACUAUUGCUAUCCGCACUUCACAUGCGCAGUGGACACUGAGAACAUCCGUAGGGUGUUCAAUGACUGUCGAGACAUUAUACAGCGUAUGCACUUAAGGCAAUACGAACUGUUGUGAGUCGAACUUUGCCGAAUGACGCGAGUAAAGGUUUGUGUCCAACAAUAACAAAAUGCUGGGGAAGAGAAUUGAAAAUGAAAUGAACCUGAGAGGAGACACUGAUGAAAGAAAGGCGCAAGCGAAUGGCGCCGAAUGACGGCACCUCCAUUUUAACUUAAACAUAUAAAAUGAAAGCUUGUUCAUUCAAAUAAUGAGAAUGGCUGAACAUUAGAGCUCCACUUCACCAGGCACGGUCGCACGAGAGCCUGUUUUCUUUCUUUCCAAUCAAUAUUUUAGACCGAUGCAAGUUAUUAUCUCGGUCUCGACGGCAAGUGAAACGGAAUUCACAUUUUUCCUCUGAGGUUCGCCUCCCUCAGACUACAACGGUACGUAAACAGACUGAUGUAUCUUUGAUUUUUCGCUUCGAUUUUGAGGUUCACUUAUUUUUCUAUCUCCAGCCAGAUAAAAGAAAUUUAAAUCCAAUAUGUAAGCUAGGAAAUUCAUUAUUUUUUGCAACUUGACCGGCGGACCGAUGCUGCAAGUCUGCCAAUCCUCAUUUGCAACGAUGUGAUUUGUUACCAUUGAUUGAUCGAUUACUACCAGUUGUGUGUUGAAAUAAUUUGUUUAAAAAUAUCCAGUAUACAGGUAAACAUUCGAAAAUAUUUCCAUAUUACAAUUCGUGUGGCAACAAGAAUAUUUUAAGUUCGGACAUGUAAAACAGAUUCGUAUUUACUAUCCGAAACAACAAACGAUUUUGCAUAAAUUGGAAUCAGGUUUUAUCUGGCCACAUAUGUAUCAUACUUGUUUAUGUAAUCAUAGGAUGCAACUAGCUUUCAAGCUUGAAUCAAAAAAAUCCUAAUUCAACUUGAUAUGUGCUUAUUUUUUUUUGAAAUGUCAAUCUUGUGAUCGAAUUUCUUUUUUAACUGGAGAUAUCCAUUACUGGGCGGUCUUAUAUUCUAUAGUUGUUCCUUCAAAUUAUCAAAUUAUGCUGAAAAACCAUAAAAAUUUAAGUCAUACUCAAACCUGCUGUGUCUUUUGGCUAUUUGCAUCCAUAUUUUUACGUAAACAAGUGAGUAAGAUAAAUGCCUCGCUAAUUAAUUUUCAUGGUUUUCGAGCAGCGUCAUUCAUACUUGGUGCAGUGAUUUCCCAGUACUUUGUAAUUUAUUCGUGGCUACUUAAAUUUGGUUUACACUCUCUUACUGAAUAAUAGUUAUGUUUUGAUGGAUAUAACAGCGUCUGUCUAUUGAAAGUUCAGUUGUCACUCUGUGGUAUAAACAAUAAAUAAUGCUCAUUGCGCUCUGUACUGGUUGUAUUUUUCGGUCUGCUCUUCAAAUUUUCUAGAUUGUUUUGUUUGUUAAAGUAACUAUUACUACUGCUUUCCUGCCACAUAAUUUAAUGAUCAGAUUAUACUGAGCACGGGUCAGUUCUACAAAUUAUUUAAAAGCUUACAUCCUGUCAAAUGCCAAUUCUAGUUUUCGAUGGAUUUUUGGGCAGGGCCGAUAAUUUUAUUUUUAUUUCUACUCUUUCAUGAACUUUGGAUACUUACCCUGUUGUCAAGACAGUGUCUUCUACCUAGAGAAUCUAUUUGUUUUCCCCAUUUCUUUGUUCAUCACAAUUUUAUUAUCAGACUUCUUUUCAUUAGUAUCAGUUCAAGUCUAGUCCAAUGAUUCAUUGUGAAAAUAUUUAAUAAUAGUAAUAACAUAUUAUUUCUUUGGAACUUGGGUGGAAAUUUCAGGAACUGAACUACUUCUGGUUUGUUGAUCAGUUUUUUCGACUCGAUAUUUAAUCUUGUAUGAAUUUCUUCACGAAUCUAUAAAACAAUUUAAACGUAUUUUUUGAGUAUUUGGAAUUUGAAUUUCAUAGAGCGUUUUUAAGAUCCCUUUUUAUUUAUCGAUUAUCGAACUCCUUUUUUUUCGCGAACAGUUUAAAAUCAUCGGACGCUCCCCUGUUUUCUGCUAUUUGUGCUUUCUCUAAAGCCAGUUUGUAACUUUUCAAUGAUAGUUUUCUUUGGUUCUUUACCUUAUCUAUGAAUUUGAUAUAAAAGUAUUGGUUAUGCAUGUACCUUUAGGCUGUGAAAUUUGACAGGUUUCUUUUUUCCUCAGGGGGGGGGGGGAGGGAUUCGAGGGUAUUAUGUGUGUAAUGCAUACCUCAUGAAUAAAUUGACCUUUCAACUUUGCAUACUGACAAAUUUUAGUUGUCUUUUAUUAAGGUAGGUAAAUUGCCGUUGAUUGUGUGCAAAUUAGUCCAACUGCAUCUUCGCAAGCAAUAUUUUAGAUGUGGUAUUAUGAUCGGAAAAUCUUUUGCAAUUCAAAAAUUUCUCUCAAUUGACUAGAGAAUUCAGAAAAGGGUGUUCGUUGGUAAAAGACACGGCUUCGUUAAAAAUGCUGGGCAGAUCUAGCUCGCUUCACUUCAUUAUUUCUAUUAAAGUUUUCACUGUUUUAGGGGUGAAAGUAUUAAUUUAUAUAAUCUGUGUUGGUUGGGUAGUGAGUUUAUAUACGCCACACCCCUGAUGAUAAAUUAACGGAUAUGCUUUUACUUUUCUGUUGUUUUUUUACAUACCAGUUACUAUUUUCUCUCGAUUAUUCCUUGAUUGUAUGUAUCAAAUGAUAAGGUUUUACCUGACUAUUUUCACAUUUCUGUACAUGCAUAGCUAACAAUGAUAUUUGACCUCGGCUCGGCUAUGAAAAAUCUGAGUGAAAAUAUCAUUAAUAUCAUGCAAGAAGUUUCGUAACUAGACUUCACAAAAUUGGGUUUUUAUUCUAAAUGUGAUAUGUUUAUUUAUUUUAUUUUUGCUUGUUUUUAUUUGGGUAUGAUAUGAUGAAGAGUGGGAACGACAAAUUUGAAAAAAAAAAAUGGUUGAUAGCUGAUUGGCUUCUUCUAAAGAAGAUCUACUUGUAACUCAUUUACAAUUGCUAGAUAGAGUCUUUUUAUUACCCCUCUCCUCUCCGAGCAGGUCGUGACUCGUGACCGUCGAGAAUCUUUUAAGAGAAUGGAAAUGUUACAUUGAUAUUUAUUUUCAUGUUCCGUUCUACUAUCGCGAUGCUUCGAAACUACUUUGUUUUUGUCGUAGUAUAAUAUAUUCUUCUGUUUCUGUGCAUCCCACUGUUCAAUUAAGGCUCCAUAUGGAUCAGUGUAAUUGUCGUAAUUUUAGAUGCAAAAAUAAGUAUAUACAGUGCUAUACUUCUCUUCUUUUUAGAAGAGGGUCGUCAUUCUUAUUACUAUAUGAUGAUGAUAUGAUAUUACUACUAUUCACGAUCUAUUAAAGAUUAUUAUUCUUA